CACGGAAAUCCGCAUUGACUUUGUACUAGUUUCCUGUAGCUAGCUGUGUACCCGCGCGCCCACGUUGAAUCUUUGGAGCUUUACCAUCCUCGCAUCUAUAUCUCGAUUCAAGCUCAAGCUCAGCUAGCUAGCUCAGGUCAUUCUAUUUGUUGCACGAUUUGGAGGGAGAAGCAAGUCAAGUUUGCAGGCAUCUGCUUUUUUAUUCUUCACCAAUAACCUGAAAAUAUUCCAGAAAGAUGUCCCAGGAACUCACCAUUAAUGCCGAUCAGCUUACUGAGGAGCAGAUUGCAGAGUUCAAGGAGGCUUUCUCCCUCUUCGAUAAGGAUGGCGACGGCACCAUCACCACCAAGGAGUUGGGCACCGUGAUGAGAUCAUUGGGUCAGAACCCUACCGAGGCUGAGCUUCAAGACAUGAUCAAUGAAGUAGACGCUGACGGAAACGGAACGAUUGAUUUCCCAGAGUUCUUGACGAUGAUGGCCAGGAAGAUGAAGGACACAGACAGUGAGGAAGAGAUCAGGGAAGCUUUCCGUGUCUUCGACAAGGACGGCAACGGAUUCAUCAGCGCUGCUGAACUUCGUCAUGUGAUGACAAACCUUGGUGAGAAACUGACAGAUGAGGAGGUAGAUGAGAUGAUCAGGGAAGCUGAUAUCGAUGGUGAUGGACAGGUCAACUACGAAGAAUUCGUGACGAUGAUGACAUCGAAGUGAGGUGGAGGAUGGCCAUCGCUUAUGUCUGUCUUGCCUUUCAUUUGGACUUUUACACGCCAAUCAGUCAUCGGUCAAUGUCAUCUCCGUAUUCAACCCCUAACAAUCAAUAAUCUACUGUAUAUAAUACGAGUAUAUAAUACGAGUAAUCUGAUGACUGAAAUAGC